AUGUAUGGUUUCACAUCUGGACCUCCUGUACAGUCUAUUCCUGCGUUUCUGACUAAACUAAAGUUACUGGUGGAUGAUGAGGAAACAAACGAUCUCAUAUAUUGGGAUCCGCACGGGACAAGCUUUCACAUACGUGAUGGAAACCGCUUAGCCAAAGAAUUACUACCCCUUUAUUUCAAACACAACAAUUUAUCUAGUUUCAUAAGGCAGUUAAAUAUGUAUGGUUUUAGAAAAAUAAAUCGUGUGGAUCCGUCUCUUCCUUUAAAAUCUGACACUGAAGACAUGGAAUUCAGUCAUCCUUACUUCAUCCGCAAUAAAGAUAUUUUGCUAUCCAAAAUUCAGAGGCGGACCUCAAACAUGUUCUCGCCAAUACUGGGGUCAAGAAAUCAAAGUUUUGGUGUGAAAGUACCUUAUGUUCAAACUAAUUCGGGUUUAAAUGGUUCCAUAAGUAUAUCACCCCAAAGACCAAUAACUGCCACAGACUUCUUAAGAUUGGCAGAGACUGUACGGCACUUGCGUUGUAAUCAGGAGGCUUUAAGUCAACAAAUUAGUGUGUUAAAGUCGGAAAAUCAGCUUUUGUAUCGUGAAAUUUCUGAUUUACGAGAACAUCACGACAAGCAAUCCCAACUUAUUCAGACACUCUUCACAUUCCUGUCAGCAUUUGCAAAGGAAGGGAGGUCUGCAAGCGUGUGCAUCGGACAGACAAAACGUAAAGCUCUUCCUUCUAUUACUCCAUCCGGUUCAAGAUUUCAAAACAAAGAACUAAAGCUGGAUCUUCGAAAAGGUUUCCAAAUUGAAAGAAACUCUGUUCAACCACUUCAACUUGUCCAAACUAGUGAUUUGCUCGGACCACAUAAGCGCCCUAAAUUCGACUUACGAAAUUUGUCUGCAAAAAUAGGCAAUACAAGUUCCGGUGCAAAUAUUACUGACCAGAUUUCAGAUAUUGGAUCAGUUGUUCAUAUUCUCCCUUCAAAUCUUCAGCUUACUCCAGUGAAUCUUGGUAAUGAUGGUAAAUAUGUAUACUCUUUAACUGGUUCAUCACAAGAGUGUGACGUAAAUGGGCAAAGUUUGGUUGAUAAAAAUCCUGCGAAUGUUCAAGAUGAACCGAGAUACUAUCUGUCUAAGGUGGACGAUAAUUUCAUGCAUCCCACAAAUGAUGAAGAGUUUCCUGUAGGCCUUAAUAUUGAGGAAGACGGUGUUACAGAUGUGAAUAAUUCUAUUUUAGAGUUAAACUGGCCAUGUAGUAGAUCAGAUACGCCUUACUGUCUAACUGAUUCUCCUGGCUUGAGUGACGUAAUACCUUCAAAGUUAGAUGGUGUAACAGAUGAAAGUAUUUGUGACCUGCUUCUUAACUGUGACUCACAAACCGAACAAGUAGUCGGUAACAAUCAGUCUCUCCCAGAGUCUACCAUUUCAAAAUACACGAAGGAGCCGAUAAGAAAACAGCAUAAAAUUCAGAACAGACCCCGUUGUAUCGUACCUUUUUCAGAAAGCGACCCUCAAUUUGCUUCCACAACUCUCCAGGACAUUGACAGUCUUCCAUGGGAGAAGUAUCAAGAUAGUGGUUUUGACUUUAACCUCGAUGUUGAACAAAAUCAAACAGAAAAUUCAAGCAGUUCUUCAAAUGGUCUUAUAGUCGGCAAUGAAAUUAUUCCGGUAGAACCCGUUAAUUUAAACGCAUGUGAUGAUGUUAUCCAGUUCUUGAGGUCAGAAAUUCCUGACAAGAAGUUAAAAUCAGAUGAACCAUUAAAAACUGUUGCAACGACUGAGGCACAAGCCUCUACUCAAAAUAGUGCUAUUGAUUUAACAAGCAAUUCAUCUGCGCCAACUACCUGGAAAGCAAGACUUUCUGCCAACAAUCGGCUCACAAUAUCCGCCUCUCCCAAAGUUAAACCAAAACAAAAUUGGAAUAAUGUACAAUCCAGUGCUCUUCAUUUCAUUGUAAUUCCUACACACAGUAGUUUCCCAAAGAAUUUCUUCACGAUAAAGAUUCGCCAAAGUAAUAUAUCAUGA